AUGUCGACUGAAAAGGAAAGUGACUCGACAAACAUUCCAAGAGGUGAGAAUUACAAUUACGACCAGUCAGCUGACAAGAGAAAGGUUGAUCCUGUAAAUGCUGGCUAUGAUCAACCAUCAGACCCUCCCGCUUACACCCCUUCACCUUAUGGUAAUCAGCAGCACGGACAUAACCCCAGUAGACAAUACCCAAUGGGACAGUACCCUCCUGGGCCACCGGGGUACUACCCACCACCUAACAACACAAACAAUGUGAACGUCGUUAUGACCCAGCCUCAAAUGGCGACUGUUAUAGUGAACCCAAGACCAAAUGAUUAUUUGGGAUGGUCUAUUUUCACCUUGCUAUGCUGUUGUUUACCUAUUGGUAUUGCAGCUAUUGUUUUCUCGUGUAACGCGAGAUCAUCAUCAGAUAAUCUACAUUUUGAACAAGCCAGAAAGGAGGCGAACACUGCCCGAAUCCUAAAUAUUGUUGGGUUGGUCCUGGGAUUGGGUAUUUCUAUUCUGAUGAUAGUGUUGUACUCUACUGGAGUUUUCUACGUCAGAACAAACAACUACAAUUAUGAGUACGGAAAAUAGACCAAUCUUGUAACACGCCAUUGUUUACAGCACAGGGAAUGUUGUCAGAAAUAUCAUACUUUACUAUGAACAAAUUUAGAUUUAUAGGAGAAAUCUGAUUGGUUUUUUGCUAGACUGCUAAGCUUUCUUUCAGUUUACGAUAAUACUUUACAAAGACUACAAGACGCAAUUUGAUGGGAUAAAGGGAUUAUAACGAGAUUAUCUUCAAUUUGUAUGCUAAAGGCAUCAAUUCCGAUUUGCAAUCAGCCGUCUGUGGUUCUUGGAAUUCCAUUAAAACUAAUCCCCAAAUUGGAAUAGCGCACAUUGAUGCUUUGAGUGUCCCCGAUACACAUAAAGAAUUAGAAAACCUCUUUACAAUCCCUUUAAUAUUUAAAUCUAGACUACCGUAUCAACCAAUGAAAUUCUCAGUAUUUCAUAUUUUCAACUGUCUAUAAGUUAUGAUGUUGCUGACAGCAGACGACCAAUUAUAGUGCCUUAAACUUUCUGUAUGUUUCAGAGCUAAUAAUAUAAUUACUUAAGCUAAUACUAAUAGAAAGUGCUAUCAAUUAUUAACGUAGUAUUACAUAGUUGCUAUUGAUAUGACCUUUGCGAUAGUGACUUCAUUUUACACCUGUGUUAGUGUAAUUGCAACAACCACCGAAAAUUGAAAUAGUGCAAAUUGAUGCUAUAUUAUUACAUAGUGUACUUUAGAUGUAUCUAAUUACUUAAUUGUUUUCACAAAAUUCGACUCUAUCCUAGAUUUUAUUAUAUUUUUGUAAUGGAGACGGCUAAUCUCAUGUUCUCUUUUUGGUUUUAUUUUCUUUUUGUAUUAUAUCAAUGAAAACGAAUUUCGUAUUGUCUGAUCUUACUUAGCUUUCUGUAUUUUCUUUUUAUUUUAUGAUAAAAAGGGACCAAUUUGUAUCAAAUAAUCUUACUUAGAUAUCUGUAACACUUUUCAAAUGAGAUAUCUUGUGUCAGGUUCUUGAAUCGUGACACGAAUACCCGAAAUCUAGCUCUCUCAGCAUGUAACAGAUGUAACAACUGAGUAUUUAGCUUCAAAUUUAGCGACAAGUGAACGUGCUUUAUUUCAUUUCUACUUUCAGAAACAAAAGCUUAUCAAUUCUAACCGUCAUUUUUUAAGCUCCGCGUAUAAUUGUCUUCAUUAAGGUGAUUGACCAAAUUACAACCUUUCUUUGCAUCUCACUGUUUAUUUUUUUUACUGUGCAUCAAUAAAACUUCUGUAAGUAC